AUGGGCGGUUUAAUACCUCUCCUCCUUAAGCCCGUCGCCGCCGGCUCCCGUAGCAGCGUCGUUUUUCCUAUCAACAGAGCAGCAUCGCCCAGCGCCCUCAGCAGCACGCCGCAACCUGCGCCAACAUCACCAACCAUGGCUACCAGUUCAGUCGGACCUCGCAAGGCGCGAGUGCACAAACGGUCCGCAUCGCAGCCGGCACCGCUCCCCGUCCUGCCCUAUACCUCUGCUGAAUGGAGCAAGGCGGUUUCUGAGGUCAAGCGUCAGUAUCUCAACCGCAAGUACCGACCGUGCUCCUUGCGCUGUUGCGAGAUCCUAGACAAUAUUAAGGAAUCUGCAAACGUGGAGCCGGCAUAUCUCAUCUAUCUUCACUUUUACGCCGCCAGCUCCUUUGACAUGCUCUCCCGGCCUUUGCAAUGCGCCUCGCCUUAUCGGACACGGCUUCUCCAACAAGCUCGUGAGCACUACACGCGAGCCUCUGAACUGAGCAAGGCGGCGGAUGAGACCAUGGCUCGCUCACCAAGGCCAUCUUCAGCGGCAACCUCGAGCAUGCAUUCGCCUUCGAGCUCUACUUCAUCCUCGCGGACAUGGACGAACUCGACCGCCUUCUCAUCCCCCACGCCGUCUGUAUGUUCCGUCGAAGACGCCAUGAACAAGCUCGCCGCGACCCAGCCCCCACCAAAGAAACGCGUCACCUUCUGCGACGUCCCCGAAGAACCUUUCAUUCGUCCCGACUCCCCAACUCUCGGCUUCGAUGAUUUUGUCUGUGCCCCACCGCAGCCCGAGCCGCCGCGCUACCUCCCGGUCCUCCACGAAGAGCCCGAGCCCGCCGACGAGCCCGAGGAGCAGGUUGUAAAGCCAGCAACGCCCGAACCCCUGAACGAGGACUGCGACGCCUUCGACUUCCUCCAAGAGCGCUCCAUACACCGCUACUGCGGCUUGCUCUCCAGCUUGCGCUCGCAGAUCGCCGUUCACAUUUCCAACGUCGAGGAGCAGCUCGCGGCACCCCGUCAAAGCGAUACGGGACGCCACUCGCUCCCCGCCAGGGCAGCGACGCCGGAGCUCAGCGAUGACCUGCGUAACCUCGAUAUCAAGGCCCGUAUCGAGCGUCUGCGCCAGAACAACUGGCAACGACGUCGCUUCGAUAUCGGCCGCUAUGAGGCGCUUCGCGAGAGCGUCCUCGCCGAGUUGGAAUGA